CUAAUAACAUUUGCACUUGUACAAAUAUGCCUCACUACUCUCCCUCUCCGCCAGUUCCUCCACCGCCGCCACCUCAGGAUGCCUAUCGACAACCCCCUUUGACGUCAGACCACCGGGGUUACUAUCCGAAGCCGCCAACUGAAUCUCCGCCGGUUGUAGCGGUGUCGCCUCCGAGCGACAACUACCCGACAAAAUCACUACCAAAAGUACCACCACCACAAUAUUCACCUCCAAAGAUACCACCAACGUAUCCACCAACUCCUUACAAACAAAAACCACCAAAAUCCAAACCACCAAAAGCACAGCCUCCGUAUAAGGCUCCGCCGACUGAGUCCACAUACCCACCAAAGCCUAGCAAAAGUGCUCUGCCGGCUCAACCGCCAAAAUCAUAUUCCAAACCCCCACGUCCAAGCACUCCUUGCCCUGGCGUCUCGCCUCCAUUACCGGCGCCUCAGUUGACUUACGGGCCACCAUCGCCUACUACCGUCAUCCCACCGUCGUCCCAGAUGGCAGCACCGCCUCCGGGAGGUAAUAACCACACCACUGUUAUUGCCGUUCUAGGAGGCGCUUUCUUUCUGGCUUUCCUACUCGUCGGAUUCUUUUGCCUCUCUAAGAAGAAGAAGAAGCCGGUCAUGAUUCCAGGCGAAGCUAGUUACGGCGGCGGUUCUUCGGGGCUCGGUCAAAGAAGCUAUCGUCCAAGUAGUGCUUACUGA